ACACCGCCUUACUCAGCUUCGCACAUGUGCCGAGUUAGCUGACAUUUGCGUAGUUUGCCCCGCGCCACUGACAGGUCCGCGCGCGUUGCGUUCGAAGUUAAAAAAAAAAUUGUGUUUUUAUUUUCUGUUGUUAAUUUGAAAAUCGAACGUGGUAAAAGCUGUGUUAAAAAUAUCGUGAAUAAAAAAAGUUAAUUGGUGACCUCGAGUUUUCCCGGGAGCAUUGCUAUAGCAACGGAUGACGUCAAGUUCAGGGGCGAUAAAUUUAUCGAGACCGGAAAGGGAAGCCAUUGGCAACGAUUUUAAGACUAGUUGAAUGUAAAGUGAAGUAAAGUGUAGUGAAUAGUGACGCCAAUGUAGGUUUAUGGGAAAGUGCACUUAAUACAAAAUGGGUUUAAUGUCAAUCAUCAAGUUAGGCUAUACGAUGCUAAUAGUCGCAUUCCUGUUAAUGAUAUGGGCGUCACUAUCAGGAGCUUUAGAAUUACACGUAGAUACGGGACACCCACCAUGCUUAUUCCAAGCCCUUUGCACCUGCUCCAAGCCUGCUGGGGACCUGGGAAUUGUGACCUGUAAUUACGUACCGAUCCUGAAAGUCCCGGCCGCAGUGAACAACUCCAAGGUCUUCACACUGCAGCUCACUGGGAAUAGGAUCAGGGAUCUGGAACCCCAGUUUUUUCAAGCAACAGGGCUUUAUCGAUUGGCGAUAAAUGAAAAUCCACUAGAGGCGAUUCACGAAGAAGCUUUUUAUGGUCUGGACAACACAUUAUGGGAACUGGAACUGAAGCAGGACAGAUUGGCGGCAGUGCCGAGCCGAGCGCUGAGGUAUCUGCAGAAGCUUCGCUUGCUGGACCUCUCGGGCAAUGAAAUCACCGAUAUCUCUGGAGAUAACUGGCGUGGCUUGGAGAACACACUGCACACGUUGAUAUUAUCUGACAAUUCCAUCGCGAGUAUACCACUUGACGCGUUUUCUGGUCUACCAAUGCUGGACACCCUGGACUUGAGGGGAAACCAUCUAUCUGUUAUUGAUAGUGGUGUCUUCCGUGAUGGAAUGCAUCGAUUGAAUAAGCUCCUUCUAGGCAACAACCAACUGACUCUGAUUCCGUACGAGGAACUGUCACCGCUGCGUCAACUUCGAUACUUGGAUCUUUCUAACAACUUGAUAAAGCAAGUUCCGCCCGCCCAUGAGCUGAACGGCAUUACUUUAUCUCUUGAUACUUUGAGACUGGACAAUAACAUCAUCAGAAUACUUCUGCCUGGUUCUUUCAAAUACUUUAACGUUUUGAAUACGACGUCUCUGGAUGGGAAUCCAAUAUAUACUAUAAGAGAAGACGCAUUCCGCAAUGCUAAAAUUCGUUCUCUCUCGUUACGGGACUGUGGGGUGACGGAAUUAUCACCUGCGUCAUUCGCUGGUUUGGAAAACACACUGCAAAACCUGGACUUAUCUGAAAACAACCUCACAAUGAUAUCAAAAUUCAUGUUGAACAAAUUGGACUCACUGAGAUUCCUCAAUCUGAGAGAGAAUAAGGUGGACACCAACCUCCUAUCAACCGGCAACCCCUCAGACUUCUCAGUGACAUCAGUGAAUAACUUCCAAUACAAACUAUUCUAUUUGGACAUAAGUGGAUCGUCGCCAAUCGAAAUGAGCCUGCAGGAUAUACGAAGAAUGCGCUCUCUCCGAUACCUAGCAGUGAGUAAGCUAAUCCGCCGCAGCAUCAGUUCAGAGGACUUCCUCGAAUAUGGUUUAGAGCUGGAAGACCUUAAAAUAUUCGGAAGUACCAUCACGAAAAUCGAAGCAAGUGCUUUCCAGCACGUGAGGACGAUCAAAACCCUGGACUUAUCUGAAAACGAAAUCGACUUUAUCGACCCAUUUGCUUUUGCAGAGCUACACAGCCUAACAACCUUGAAAAUAGCAAACGGAUUAGCAGAUUCCGUAAAAAUUCUACCUUUUGAGCCGCUUAAAGCGUUAAACGAGUUGCAGCAUUUGGACUUGAGUAAUAACAAACUGAAAAAUGUUCCCGACACAUCCUUUCAUUUUCUUUACAACGUGAGGACACUGAAUCUUCAAGACAAUCUUAUCGAACACUUUUCUAAGGGAACUUUGCAGGGUGACAUCCACCGACAAUUACAAGGUAUAUACCUAUCGUUUAACAAAAUGACGAAAAUCGUUCAGCACACUUUCGUGGAUCUUAGAGAACUUCAGGAGAUACAAAUCGAAGACAACUUGAUAGAUACCAUUGAAAGACGAGCAUUUAUGAGCGUCGAUAACUUGAAGGUGAUCAGGCUCCAGGGUAACAGGCUUAGAGAUAUAAGCGAAGAAGCCUUCCAAAAUCUACCAGCUUUGAAAGAGUUAGAUAUAUCAUUCAACCGUCUAGAAAUGUUUAAGUUCUCGAUAUUCGAUCAAGUCGGUUCUGCAACUGCCCUUAAAGUCAACGCAUCCUUCAACCAAAUAGUGUCGCUGACUGAUUCCAAUGCACCAAGCUUCUUUUCAUCCAACUUCUAUCCACCACCUAAAGCGCAAAGCUUAAUAUCAGUGGAUGAUCAAGAAAAUACAGAUAAGGGUAAAUUACCGCACGGCCAAGCUGUAACAGCGUCGCCGUAUCGUUUGUUUUGUCUCGGAACAGUAUCAGUUAAUAUAAGAGUAUUGGACUUCUCACACAACAAUAUCUCUUACAUUGCCCCUUAUUACUUUAGGCAUGCUGACCUAACGUUAUCUGAAUUGCAUCUGUCACAUAACCAAAUAAGAAAUAUUACAAGAGAAGUGUUUGGAUCUAUGCUAAUGUUACAGUACCUUGAUUUGUCUCAUAACCAAAUUUUCCAUAUGGAAUACGAUUGUUUUAAAAAAGUCAAGAAUUUGCAGAUGGACAUAUGUGGACUCGGGCUUGGUUUAAUCAUUAAUGGUUAUUUACGAAUUUUGAAUCUAUCACAUAACCAUUUGAUUGAACUUCCGGUUGAAGUGUUCCACGAUAUGCAAAUGUUGACCUCAGUUGAUCUUUCCCAUAAUCGAAUUCGGAAUCUGGCUGACAAUCUCAUUUUGUCGGCGAAUUUAGAACGGUUGGACUUAUCAAACAAUGACUUAUCAAGGAUGCCAACGAACGCAUUAUCACCAGGUGCCGCUGCAAAUCUUGUGGAACUAGAUCUUAGCAGCAACACGGUACCUGCUGUAGCCAUUCCCGACUUGGUCCAAAGAUUUAGGAACUCCGAGGCCGGCGAGUUUUGGCCCGAGGAAAACGACUACAACGAUGAUUACAUGUACCACACCGCUAGGCGCGACCAAUCCAGAGUCUUCCACCAUAAAAAGCAAUAUCCGCAGAACAUAUUCUACAAGUCUUUGGCAUGGUUAGAUCUAUCCAAUAAUCAUUUGGUAAGAAUUGAGAGUGGGGCGUUCGGCGCGUUGCCAAAACUUCGUUGGUUGGAUUUGAGCAACAACUUGCCGUUUAACGGUGACCGGAGUGGAAACAUUUUCAAAGGACUAGAGAGGAGAUUGUCAUAUUUGGGACUAAAGAAUGUCAGCUUGCAAGUUAUACCAUCACUUCCACUUCCGAAGUUGAAAACUCUGGACCUAUCGUACAAUAAUCUGCACUCAAUUCCAACAGACACGACUGCCAAUUUGACGCGUCUAAGAGCACUGGACUUAUCAUACAACGACCUAACUAAAGUGCCCGUGGCUACUCAUUCGCUAAGCGAUCUUCGCUGGUUAUCAUUAUCGGGGAAUCCAAUAACAGCCCUCAUGAACACCAGUCUAUAUGGACUAUCACCACGACUGGAAUACCUUGAUGUCACCAGACUUCGUCUAAGUAUUUUAGAGUAUGGCGUCUUUAGCAAAAUGUAUGGAUUGCGAACUCUAAAGAUUUCUGUGAACGGCAACGUAAGGGACUUCAGUAUCCCUAAAAUGACCUCACAGAACGCCGCGUUAGAAAAUUUGUUCUUGUCCGUUGAAAACUCACAAAUCGAUUUAGGCAACGAGAUGAAAGGCGAGCUGCCAUGCAAAUUGGAUAACAUUACGCUAACUGGCCGAGAGUUGAAGUUCAUCUCACAGAACCUUCUUAAUGGCGCAUGCUCCAGAGAGAUGAGGCUUACAAUUUUCAACACCAGCAUUGAGGAUAUAUCGUCUGAAGUAUUCUGGAGGCAUGGUCGUAUCAAGAACUUGUCUUUGGACCUACGGAACAAUCAGCUAAAGAGAUUACCAAACCCAGCUCGGAAGGAGUGGCCUGGAGUACCUAACGACCUCUUUCUCGAUGACAUCCUCGUGGCCAGCAAUCCCCUUGUAUGUGAUUGCGGAAUAGGCUGGAUACAAGCUUGGGAUCGCAAAAGACGCCAGUAUAUUUGUGACAAUCCAUCUAGUUGCGACGCAUUGGACGACGUAAGACUCGCUACUUGUCCGUCUUAUCAGAACAGAACAUUGAGUGAUGUGAUUUCAAAAGAGCUGGACUGCAGCUGGAGCAAGGGGUACAGCAUUGUGUCAAACAUCAUGACUGUUCUCGGUCUGGUCGUCGCCUUCUUUGUCAUUUGAGAUUACCUAUCAGUUUAGAAGCAACUUAUGUUAAUUUUUUUUUGCGAGCUUGUCUUUGUAGUUAGUUCCUUAAGCUAAAUUAGGGAAAUGAGUGAAUUAAGAUUACCUCUCUUUCAGUGGUCCAUGACUGGCCUAUCGAAGCUUUUUUUCAAUGCCGCAUUUUGAGGAUUUCGUUUGCCUUUCUUUAUAUUUCUACAUUAAGUACAUUUAAGUAUACUAUUAUUAAAAAUUAAAGCACUUUUUUGUGUGUUCAUUUCAAUUGUGUUCUUCUAGAUUUAAGUUUAUUUCUCAAGGCAUUGAAAAUAAAGUUAAAUUGUAACAAUGAAUAUAUUUUGUGAUAUAUAUUAACUGUAAUCCUUCUAUUUUUGAUAAGCCUACGAUACUAUUGCUAACAUGGGAAUUGUAUGACUAACAUAUUCUCUGUUAAAUGCUUUUAUUUAUUCCAAAUGAAAUUUUUAUUGUUAAACUUCAAAGUUAAAUUUCUAUGAAUUGAAUAAGUACCAAAUACUUGUGAUGUAUUUGCAUAUUCUAUUUAAAGUGUUCAUACUGUUUAGAUUGAACUUUAUUUACAUCAAAAUCAUUCAAAAAUAUAACUAAAGUUACUGUAAUGAUUUAAAACUUUAUCAUUGGUUAAACUAAAUAGUAUAACAACUUCUGAAUGUGAUAGACCUUAGCUAGUGCCAAUAAAAUUAUUAAUAUCAACAUAAAUCAUUACAAUUUUCCUUCAUAAACUAUAUGAUAUUCUCAAAUUAUACUAACGAAUAUUAAACGUAUUUUAGCGAUUCGAUUAAAAAAUAUAUUAAUAUAUGAGGUUAAAUAUAAAUAAAUAUAGUUUUAGAGUACAUUAAUUUUUUUUUAUAUUUUACAGUUAUUUCUGUUGAUUUUAAAUAAAUAACACGUCAAUGGGAUAAUUUAUUAACUAAAAAUACAAAUAUACGAAUUUUCUAUAUAACCCACCGCAAGUAUUCGUUAGUACAAUUUUAAAAUUUAAAUAUUACUCUUAAAUAUAACGAUUGUUGUACAUAAAGAAUGUAAGCUACGGUAAAGAAAUGGGAAGUGUUUUUAUAAUUAGGUAUUUCUUAAAUGUAUUCACUAUUUUAAAUAAAUCUCUAAAAUAGUGUGAAAUAAAAUAAUCUAUGAUCAUUA